CCUGCUUUUUUUUAUAUUUCCAAGGACUUGAUUGUUUCAAGCAUAAACAGCUUUUGUCCAUGCACGGACACGCAUAUGCAGCGUGUGCACACCGAGAAGGAGAGUGAGUUUGUUAUUUUGUCCUCUGUGGAGACACACUCUGUGCUUGGCAUCUCUGCCAUGGCCCUGGUGAGGUUCAAGGAGUUGGGGGAAGAUGACCUCAACUUAGAAGAGGAGAACCUAGACAGCGUCAAGGCCUUGACAACAAAGUUGAAGCUACAGACACGGCGCCCAUCUUACCUGGAGUGGAAGGCCCAUGUGCAAAGUCCCUCCUGGAGAAAUGGGCUGCGGGAUGGAGCUCUGAAGACCCACCUGGAGAAGCAGGGUGAAGAGGCAGUAGGAGAGGAGGAUCAGGCCCGGGGACCCUUGAAGUCUGUUUGUGGAUUCCCCACCAUUGGUAUGGCCUUUGAAUGGCUUCGGAUGGAACUGAGGAAGAUGCAGGCUCUGGACAACCAGCUGGCACGGCAGCUGAUAGGGCUGCGGGCCCAGAUCCAUCAGCUGAAAGUGGAGCAGGCUUGCCAUCGUCACAAAGAGAUGCUGGAUGAUGCCACCUUUGAACUGGAGGGCUGCGAGGAGGACUCAGACCUGCUCUGCAACAUUCCCCCCAAGAUGGCCUUCCUCUUGUCUACCCCUCUCAAGCACAUUGGAGUCACCCGCAUGAAUAUAAACUCCCGCCGCUUCUCCUUGUGCUGAUGGACCUUCACCCUAUUGCCUGCUUGCUUGGCGCUUGUGGCUGCUGGCAACCAGGGGGUAUCUUGGCACCCAUUGCAUGCACCUAUAGAUUUUGCACCUAUGUAGAGCAGUGGCUGAUCUGCUCUGGGCUCACAAACAUACCUGAACUGGCAAUCUCAGGGAAGUGAGAUGAUAGACAAAACACAUCCUAGUAGAAAGUAGAGAAAUCUAGGGAACUGCCUGGGGCAGCUUUUCUUCGGGUGAAGCACCCCUCAGGGAAGGAAGCUUUGCUACUUAGAAAAAGGAGAUGAAAAGCAGGGAGCAAUAUGGAGCAAGAAGGACAAUGGGUAUCCUUUUGGUGAUUCAAGGCUUAAGAGGGUCUGGUGGAGAACAAACUCCAAUCUACAGGUUCAGAGAAGGGCCAACCCAAAGUUGCCAGCAAUGCAUGCAAAAAAGGAGCAGGGUUCACAAGCUGCAUUUUGACCCUUUUGACCUCCCCUCCCUUAAGGUCUUCUAUGCUGUGGCUCUCUGGACUGUCCUGUGGACCUGGCCAAGGACACAGGAGGGGCACAUUAUCAUUGGUAAUUUCACAAAGCUUAUUAGUUAGUACCGAUAGGAAUCUUUAAGGCAGUUUAAAUGUUUCUGUUGGUAAUGAGGUCAUACAUUAUUACCUAAAGAAAAAACACUUUUAUCCAAUUUUGAGUAAUUUCUCCUUUGGGAAGCAUUGCUGUAAAGGGUAUUUCCUCUGUUCAGUGACUUUUCUGCUGACAUGGUGCAUGUGCACAUCAACAUACCACAUUCUUCUUGGCCCUGCCCUUGCCAAUUUUAACUGAGUGUGCAACCAGUGUGCUUGUGUUUACGUUAGCAAGCUUGGCACAAUUAAUAAAAUACAUGAAAAGAAACCCCAAAGAUCAUGAUUCUGU